AUGCAGAAACAGGUUUUUUGUCUGUCUGUCCUUUGUCUUUUUCUUUUUUUUUCCGCCUCUGUAAUUUUUCCUUCUGGAAAGAGAAACAAGCGGCGGGAGAAGAUACUAGGAGAUGAAGAAGAGGGGGCAAACAGGGCAAGGAAGGAUUACAAGAUGACUGAAGAACCGGAGGAAAAGUGGAGAGAGAAAAGUUGGAGAGACAGAAAGAGAGAGAAAAGAAAGAGGGAGAGAGGGAGAGAGAGAGAAAGAGAAAGAGGAGAUGGACAGCGUCCGGGCAGGCUGAAAAGCCUCAAUCAACAAGAUGAACUGGAGAGAGAACAUGGUAAUACGGAUACGACAAUACCGCCAACACGAGGCCAGUGGCUGGUGUUCCGGGCCGGCACAGUGUUACACGCGGCUCUGUUCCGGGCUGUAUUGGAGUUGACCAGUCAAGAAGCCAGAGAGAGAGAGAGCGAUGAAUCCGAUGAGAUCCACCAGGAAUGUUAUUUGCCAUGA